AUGGACGAAUAUUUUGUCAUUACAAGCACAAGUAAAUGGAAUAAUCCGUCUAGUUUUAGGUUUUUUUCAAAUUUCCUGAAUACGCCAACUUCAAUCUAGAACAUUUGUUUCAUUUUGUCAAUCGUCUGGAUGCGCCGACAAGUGGCCUGGUUUGUUUGGCUUGCACCCCGGAAAUGGCCAACCUUGUAAAUGGACAUGCCUAUGCUUUUGUUAUAUGGCCCCAUGACAGUUCAAGAGUCCAGACACGUUCGCAUUGCAGUACUGUGCCUCUGUACGUACAGAGGUGCGCCCACUUCUGUGCACGUGUGCAGAUGAAGUACUUUCUAGAAUUACGACUUAGAAUUUGGGCUUGAGCGAGCAAUACGCGUCCUUCGAGUAGAUCAGUAAGAGGGGCUCAGGACAUGCUCACCCACGCCUUUGGCGUCAAUUAACCUUCCGCGCCCCAUGUCUUUUUUCCAAAUGAAGAGGUAAUUUGGCUUGCAUAUCAAACUUUACAGACGCCAUUGGAAAAGUGACUGUGGAAUCAGUCCUCAAUCCCUACUAAUUAGAUUAGAGGAUAGUUCGGCACAACUGCCAUGGCAGUAGGAUUGUGACUAUGGGUUGUUGACUGUAAACACCUUUUGAAUGGCCUUUGGUUGUUAAAUCUGGAUUAGUUAGGACUAUUUGACAAGGGAACUCUGGCCAGUUUCUUAUGUCUAAGCCAACUAGGCGGUAGGCUCAUAAUGCGCGGCAAAUCCCCACUGCCUCCAUUUAUAAGAAACUCCGUAAUACAUUUCACGCGAAUUUUGCUUCCAUCCCAAAACGCUUUCCGAAUGAUGCCAGCUGUACUACGUCGUUUUAGUUAUGUUAAAAUUUACCCAAUACGUCAUUUCCACAGCGAGUCCUUCCAAAACUGAGAUAAAUUUUACUUCCCAAGGUAGGUCGCGCAUUCCAAAACCGAACUGUCAAAAAACAGUACCUGGCCAUUGUUUGGGGUCAUGUCAGGAACUCUGCUAGCCGCCCCCCUAACUACGACCGUCGGGGAAAAUAUACUACGUUUCCUCCGCUCGACGGCAAGACCUCGGUAUGCCAAUGCGUAAGAGACGGAGAAUACCUCGUGGACCUGCCAAUUGGAGGCUACAGCUUCGUCUGGCCUGAUGGGAGGAGACAAAAAAUAUGCGCUCCUGUCUUUGCGCUUGGCUGCACCGUAAGUCAGCCUGUCAUCGCGUCCUGCGCAAGCCUUGUUUCAUCGUUCUUUUUGUUAACGAAUGGCGUAAUUGUCCUUCAGAGACCUCGCAGCGCCCAGACUAAAAUAACCGUUUUGCGACACGGCUACCUUAACGAUCUUCCAGCCAGCUACGUGCUGCUAGAGCCCUUGACUGGCAGGCGGCACCAGCUCAGAAUCCACUGCGCUGUCGGCCUAGGACACCCAAUUGCCGGGGAUCUAAUCUACGCUCGAUUACACGCUACCGAUGACGUCUACGAAGCUGCUAACUAUCCGCUUCAUCGUAUGAUGCUGCACGCAUAUCGCCUAGACCUUAAUCUUCUGCCAAAGCGAUCUUCGUUUAGAAAGAGCAAGUAUGCGAUGUCCGAAGAGUCGCGCCCGUCCGAGCUUCGUUUCGAUCUCCAGUCGUCGUAUAAUCUCUUGACGGACAAGAGCACUCGAUGGACCGAUGAGGAAGUCUUUGAAACAUUGUGA